GAACGUCAGUAUUCCUCUCACACACACGGCGUCUUUCUGCGGCCAUGGUAACACUCCUCAUCAGCGGACCUCGAACUCAGAUAAUUAAAUAAAACCAAGUGCUUUUCACACAGCUAAUGUUCAUCAUGGAUUUAGCAGAGAUAUGUGACAAUGCCGAGAGAGGUCGUGAGUAUGCUCUACUGGGAAACUAUGACUCCUCCAUAGUAUACUACCAGGGCGUCCUUCAACAAAUCGACAAGCACCAUCAGUCCCUCAGAGACCCCGCACUCAAAGUUAAAUGGCAACAAGUUAGGCAGGAACUCAACGAGGAAUAUGAGCAGGUGAAAGGCAUCAUGGGAACACUGGAGAGCCUAAAGUUAGGGAAGCCAGCGGAUGCACCUGCACCUUUUGCGCUUCAGUAUGACGAGAGACCAGAGGAUCCAGUCGUCUGGCCUCCACCCAUCCCUGCAGAACACAGGAACCCUGUUGCAGGGAAACGUCCCACUAGUGCAAUGAAACAGCAGAGAAGGGACUCUCCAGGUCUCCAGAAUCGAGGUGCGGUACCAGGAGGCCGUGGUCAGGCAAACCCUAAACCUGAUCGGCCGGGACACAGAGAUGCACGAGGCACAAAGGCCAAAGACGAUAAGGGAAAGAAAGGAGCUGGGGACUCACCAGGAGAUGUUGAUCAGAAGAAAUUUGAUGGCACAGGUUAUGACAGUGACCUGGUGGACAUGCUGGAGAGAGAUAUUGUGUCCCGCAACCCUAAUGUGCACUGGGGGGACAUCGCUGAUCUGGAGGAUGCAAAGAAGCUGCUUAGAGAAGCUGUAGUUUUACCCAUGUGGAUGCCUGACUUUUUUAAGGGUAUUCGUCGACCCUGGAAGGGUGUGUUAAUGGUCGGCCCUCCAGGAACAGGAAAGACCCUGUUAGCCAAAGCUGUGGCCACAGAAUGUGGAACCACUUUCUUCAACGUGUCCUCCUCCACCCUUACGUCCAAAUACAGGGGCGAGUCUGAAAAACUUGUUCGACUGCUGUUCGAAAUGGCCAGGUUUUAUGCACCAACAACCAUCUUUGUAGAUGAGAUUGACUCCAUAUGUGGCAGAAGAGGAACAUCAGAUGAACAUGAAGCCAGCCGUAGGGUCAAAUCAGAACUUCUAGUACAGAUGGAUGGUGUGGGGGGAGCAGCGGAGAAUGAUGACCCCUCUAAGAUGGUGAUGGUUCUUGCGGCCACCAACUUCCCCUGGGACAUUGAUGAGGCAUUACGACGACGGCUUGAAAAGAGGAUCUACAUCCCCCUGCCCACAGCUGUGGGCCGGGCAGAGCUCCUAAAGAUCAACCUGAAGGAAGUGGAGGUCGCUGCUGAUGUGGAUCUGGACGUCAUCGCUGAGAAAACGGAGGGCUACUCUGGAGCAGAUAUCACCAACGUCUGCAGGGAUGCAUCCAUGAUGGCAAUGCGUCAUCGGAUCCAUGGCCUGGGCUUGGAGGAGAUCCAAGCUCUCUCUAAAGACGAGCUGCAGAUGCCUGUGACAAUGGAGGACUUCACACUCGCACUCAAGAAGAUCUCCAAGUCAGUCUCUGCUACUGACCUGGAAAAGUACGAAGCCUGGAUGGCUGAGUUUGGGUCAGUAUAGACAAGAAAACCAUUUAGACCCAGAGGAGAACAGAGCCUUUAAAGGAGGGCUUGUAAACUCUAGUUCACACGAGAGAACUGGUGCCCAUGAGAAAACAUAACCUGAUCUCCUUUCACUUAAUUUCCUUUUGUUGCACCUUUUAUACAACUGUCCAUGCAGUCCAGCUGCACAGACUUAAAUGAGCUGAGGAAGAAUUAAAAAAAUUAGGUGGAUUUGUUAAUGCUAAGAAUUAAAGGUACAAAAAUGCAAAACUGAGAGCCAGACCAAAACAAGAGUAUUGCGCGAAAGAAAACAAACCAUAAAUACAGAUUUGUGCUAUUUUGAAUGCAUCAAGUUACUUACAAACCACGAGCAGAACCAGAGGGUUGCCUUCAGCUGGACACUGUGGACUACUUUCUGACAUUACUGUAUGGCUUGUUACCUGCUGUGUUUAGUGCUGUGUUCAAGUGGAAUUAAAAAUGAUGAAAUGGAAAGCCGUUUACACGAUAUCCUGAACUCUGAGCUUUCAAAAAACAUGUGUGAGUGUUCUAAUGGGCUUGCCUCUUGUCGCAUAUUGCACCUUUAAGUCAGAUUACUUGAAGUCAAGAACACUGUAAUAAAGGAAAAAGCUAAUAAUAAUAAGUACAUCUUGAGUUUGGAUUAUUUUUGUCAAGCUAUUUUUUUUAGUGUGCAAGGUACACCACACAAAAAUACUCCACAUUCGCAUAAUUAUUUAUUAUUGUCAGUGUGAUCAGUAUUUAUGUUACAAAAACAAUUUAGAGACAUUUCUGGUGAUCUAUCACAAAAGUAACAUGAUCAAAUUCAUAUUAGUAUUUGGCUGCACUUAUGGCCAUGCACAGCAUCUGUUUAAGACUGUUUAAAAUUGGACUCUCAAUGUACAUGUACCUGUAUUUUUGGUAAAGACUGAAGUAACAUAGGAUACGUGUACAUUUGCCUGUUGCACCAUCCUAACUGCACAUACAGGUGUGUUCAAAAUAAACUUAAUGUUGGCUAUUGAGCAUCUUUACUAUUCUACAUGUUACUUUUAAGAUUUCCUGAGAAGCACUGAGUUGUAAAAGACCUUUUUUAUUAUAAUUGUUUUGAAGAUGAUGUCCAAAUCCCUCACUUGAGCAUUUCAGAAUUGUAUCACUAUCAAUGUCAAUUAUUAUUAUAGUUUAUAAAUAAUUUUGCAGCACAGUGAGACCCAUAGAAUAACAUAUUGUGUUAUCUAAUGUAUAAUGUGUCCUUGUGUCUCUCUGUCAACUAAUAAAAGAGGUGAUUACAACC